AAAUAAAAGUCAUUUUUGUCACUUUUUUUUGUGUUUUUUGUCUGUUUUGUCUUGCUUUUGUCUGAAACGUCCUGAAACGGUAACCUAAUUGUCUGUGAAUCACGUUGUGUUGAUCCUGAGCUGCGUCUCACUGACUAAAGUCGCGGCGGAGAAGAGUUCGGAACACGAUCACCGGACCGGCUCUGCUCGCAGCGAAGGUUUCUACAGAAUCAGCCGGAGAGAGAAGAUGAAAUAUCUCAACGAGACGACGCCGGCGGCUGAGCUUCCCUCGACCAGCUCUCAGCAGGGAACGAGUUCGCUGCGUGCUGGAUCGGACUUCCGCUCGGAGCAGCGCCGCCUGCUGGCGUCCUUCAGCUGCGACAGUGACCUGCUCAAGUUCAACCAGCUCAAGUUCCGGAAGAAGAGGAUCCGUUUCAGCCGGAGUCAUAUUCACGAGUGGGGCCUGUUCGCCAUGGAGCCGAUCGCAGCAGACGAGAUGGUGAUCGAGUACGUGGGACAAAUCAUCAGACAGGUGGUGGCUGACAUGAGGGAGCAGCGGUACGAGGAGCAGGGCAUCGGGAGCAGCUAUCUGUUCCGGGUGGACCAGGAAACCAUCAUCGAUGCUACCAAAUGGGGGAACCUGUCGCGCUUCAUCAACCACAGCUGCAGCCCUAACUGUUAUGCAAAGAUCAUCAGUGUGGAGUCUCAGAAGAAGAUCGUGAUUUACUCCCGGCAGCCGAUCAGCAUCAACGAAGAGGUCACGUACGACUACAAGUUCCCCAUAGAGGAGACCAAGAUCCCUUGUUUGUGUGGAGCGGAGAGCUGCCGCGGCUCCCUCAACUAAACUCUGACAGAGGGUCGGAUUAUUAUGGGUUCUUCACACAGGGAGCGACAGUCCGCCUGCGUAGUCGCGUGGAUCCACAGACUCUACUGCACUCCGCCUGUAAACGCCAGGCGAUCAAUGUGUGGUAACCAUCGAGUAGGGAUGCAACUCUCUCUGUGUGAGUUCUCACUUGGACCAACAAGCCACUAUUUUGGCUGAAAUCUUUUCCACAUGUUUUGCAAGAAUAUGACUUCUCACUAGGGAUGCACCAAAUCUAGAUUUUCAGGGUUCGGCCAAAUACCGAAUCCCCUGGUUGAGAUUGUGCUGACUCCUCCUCCCGUCCUCAGUCCAUGAACCCAGUAAACACAUGAAUGAAGUA